AUGUUUUCCAAUACAACCAGCAUCAAGAAAGCUGUUGGCUUCAUCAAUGAAUUAGAUUCCAAAUUGUUUAUGCCUCUAUUGUCACGUAUUUUGCAAAAGAUACACUUGAAGGAUGAGAGGUCCUUUACAGAGGAAGAGGAAGAGAAAUUACAGUCAACAUUUAAUCUCCCAGCAAAUGACUUAGAAUUAUUAUUAGAAACAUUGGAGUUUUUUCUACAACAGGCUGCUUAUCAUCUUGCCAAACCAGCUGUGCUAACACAACAAUUGCUGAGUCUUGAUAUCAACGAAGACAAAGUAAAUAUUAUUGUUGAGGCUUGGACGACACAUGCCAAAAAUGUGCUUCAGAAACUUGGACAAAGGACCCUUGCUCCAAAUCAGCUAAGUGACAUCAACUGGAGGCUCAAUUUGGAAAUGGCUAACAUGGGAAGAUCGAAAAUGAAAUUGCCUAAUGCCAUGUUUGAAUUGAAGGUCACACAAGAAGACAUGCAGCAAAAAGAAAAAAUCCACCUGGAAUUUUCCCAUGAUGAACUUUAUGCUUUUUAUAAUCAGCUUGAAACAAUUCAAAGGCAGAUCGAUAAUCUGGACUGA